UUCAGGUGGACUUCAAAGAUGCGUAUGUUUGUUGUUUCUGUCACAAUAUAAUAAUGAAAAUUGAUACAUUUAAACGACAAGUGGAAGAAUCUAUUGCAACCCUUUAUAAUAUGAAUAAAAUAAUAAUAGAACCACAGAAAUAUCAUAUAACAGAUAUAGAAAUUAAUUCGACAGUUAAUAACGAACCUUUAAAAAUAGAAUUUACCCAACCGAUGAAUAUCAAAACGGAAAUAACUGAUUUUAAAUACGAAGAGACAGAUUACGAUGUACCUUUAAAAGUUAAAAAAGUUAAAAAUAAAAAGAUAAAAGGAUUGAAACGAGGACCUAAUUACGAAGGGAAGUUGAAGAUAGUUAUGCUGAGUUACGAAGAAAUGAUGGAAGAAAGGAAGAGGGAAUCGGUGAAAAUUUCUUACAUAAAUUUACCUUUUAAAUGUGAAGAUUGUGUGACGGGAUUUGAUCAUGAAGUGACAUUAAAAAUGCAUGUGUUACAACGACAUAGUAAUAAAGAAAAUGGAUAUGUAUGUGAUAUUUGUAAUUCAGUUUUAAGUACUGAAGCGUCUUUAAAAGAGCAUAAAAAGAGACAUAUAAGACGAUACGAAUGUUUGGAAUGUGGACUACGUAAGGCAGAUCUGCAUUACGUCAUCAAACAUUAUAAGGAACAACACGGAGCCAUACAAACUUCACACACUUGUACUGAUUGCGGAUUUACUACCGAAUCAAACCGUACAUAUAGGUAUCACAGAGAGAAACAUCGAAAUAAAAAGAAAUGCAGACAGUGUGGCAACACCUUCGCUAAUGCCAACGCGCUUCGGACCCAUGUGUUCACAGUGCACAGUAAAUCUGGUCGCACAUACAUAUGUCCUAUUUGUGGUAAGAGUUAUCGAGCUAAGUCGAGUCUGGUCGCGCACCAAGCGCUGCACGCCGCGGGCCCCGGCCCCGACAGCUUCUGUGUCACUUGUAAGACACAUUUCAGAAGCGCGAUAGCUUUGAAACACCAUUUGAAGACACAUUCCAAGCAUGUACGGGAUUCAGACAAAAAGUUUACUUGUGAUGAAUGCGGUUUGAAGUUUUUGCUGAAGCGUUUAUUAGAAGAACACAUUAAUUGGGAACAUUUGAAAAAGGAGAAAUAUGUAUGUGAAGAUUGCAGUAAGGUAUUUAGAAACAAUUCAGCAUUGAAGAAACAUAAAAGUUUCGUUCACGAUAAGAAAAGGCCGCCGAGGAAUAAAAUAUGCGAUCAUUGUGGACAAGGUUUUACUACUCUGCAGAUAUUACGUCAUCACGUGCGCACUCACACCGGGGAGCGGCCGCUGCAGUGCGCGCGCUGUCCCGCGACCUUCGCGCACAACGGCGCACUGUACACACACAACAAGCUGCUCCACGCGCGCAAAUAGUGCGCACUUCUCACAAGCUGCUCAACGCGCGCAAAUAGUGCGCACUUCACACAAGCUGCUGCACGCGCGCAAAUAGUGCGCACUUCACACAAGCUGCUGCACGCGCGCAAAUAGUGCGUUCUGAAUUUGUGACCCCAAGUGUGAGCUCAUUAAUAUUUUAAGUUCGUGCCCCCAAUGUGGACUCAAUAGUGUAAUAGAGUUUGUACCACUAACGUGGGGUCACUAGUGUAUUUGAGUUUGUGCCCCUAAUAUUGGUUAUUUGAGUUUGUGACCCCAGUGUAUAUCGGAUUGACAUCGUGACCGCAGUAAUUCAGUUUGUAACGAAUUUGCCUUAAUGUUAAGGUUCUGUGACUUUAGUUUUGUGCCCCAAGUGUGGGGUCACUGAUGACAUGUUGAGUUUGUAACCCCAGUGUGGGAGUCAGAGAUAAUUAAUGUUGACUUUCUGCGCUCUGGAUUUAGUUUUUUCUUGAGUUUGCUUGUAGGAGUUAUUUUUAAUUUAUGUAUUUUUUUGUGUCCGGUUUUUUAAGGUUUAACCCUAGGUAGUCAUUUAUGAGUUUUGUGCCCCCACUGUUGGGGUCACUGUAUUAUUAAUAAUAAUUAUUGUAAAUAAGAUGAAAUAAAAGACGUUAGUAAUAA